GAUCAGAAAGGCGUGACAGGCAACGCGAACAGCGUCAGCGUUUGGUGGAAAACACACAUUUAACCUAAAACAUGGCUGGUGUGCAGCAGCUCCUGCUCUUGUCCGUCUCUCUGCUCGGCCUCCAGGCCCAGGUGGCUCCACACCAGGACCAGGUGGUGGAGAGCUCGGCCACGCUGACGGGCCACGGCCGGCUGGACAGACACAUGGUGCAGGACCAAGACCACAUCAUGGAGCACCUGGAGGGCGUGAUCGACAAGCCGGAGAAGGAAAUGUCCCCGCAGGAGCUGCAGCUUCAUUACUUCAAGAUGCACGACUACGACGGGAACGACCUGCUGGACGGGCUGGAGCUCGCCACGGCCAUCACGCACGUGCACAGAGAGGAACGGGGGCCGGAGAGCUCGCCCAUGAAGGAGGACGAGCUCAUCGCGCUGAUCGACGACGUGCUGAAGGACGACGACAAGAACAACGACGGCUACAUCGAUUACGCCGAGUUCGCCAAGUCGCUGGAGUAGAAAUCCCCCCCCCCCCCCCCCGAUCGUUGGCAACGCUGGAGCGGCGAGGAGUCGGCAGGAAGGGGGAGGAGCCGAAGGCUGCGCCGCCAUUUACCCGACCAUGUCAGCUUCGUCUCUCACAGGAGAUCAAUCAGGGUUAUCAGUAAUUAACUAAACUCCUCUCUCUGUGUUAACUGGUAGAAGCACAACUGGGGAUUUCACUAAUUUGAUAAAUAUCUAGAAUAAGGAGGAGAUGAUGCGCUGUUACGCUUCAGAGGGACGUUAUUGUUCCUCAGUUUUUGUAAAAUCCUUUUAAAAAAAAAAAAAA